GGAUACUCUUAGCAGCAGUAAGUAUGAUUUGACUUUGAGUCCUAGUUAUAGAAGUUGCAGUUGUAGUCUGCAUUAGAUGCUUUGAUGUUGUUCGUUGUUAAUAAUCGUGUUCUAGACUGCAUCUUAAAUGUUCUUGUGACAAACUAACUUGUAAUUUUAGGAACGAAGCCGUGAGAACAUGGGUAAAGAUCCGGAAGCGUCUAAAUCUACUUUGAGUGCAGGCGGUGGUGGCAAGGGAAUCGCGAUGAAGACAGCGAGCGUCGCACAGCCGAAACGCGCGCUUCGUGCGCCUCCAGGGACGAAGCGCUCAGCGUCUGCUAGUAUGGUUCCUGUCAUGAAAGCUGCGGUCGCGAAGAAACGUAGUACUGCAGGAGCAGCUUUUCGUGGAAAUAGUACGAAAGUAUCCUUGGAGAAAGACACGCAUGGAAGUACAUCCUCGGUGGAAGGUUCUCGCGCAUCCUCGAAAUCCUCGAAAUUCGCAAGUAGUGGUUCUUGUCCACCAUCUUUACCUGCGACCAAGAAGCCAGUUCAGAAACGUAACGAAAAAGAAGUGAAAACCAAAGCAAAGACAAGCAGCAGUAAAACGGUAAAAGCUGCUACAACCACAAAAGCGCUUUCGAAAAAUGGCGCAGCCUCUUCAUCUUCUCCAUCAAAGGAACUAGCUGCGGUGACAACAGCAAGCAAAGCAUCUUCCCGUAAAGCAGCGUCGAGCAAAGCAUCUUCGAGUAAGGCAUCUUCGAGUAAAGCAGUGGCCUCACCACCAAGCACGGCGGCUUGGAGUUCCAACGCUUAUCUGCAAAAUUUCUUAGCUGGCAACGAAGGUCAACUACAUUCGGAGAAAGCAGCUCUCGCCUCGCCUUCAAUGGCGGUUGAGAUGACGCGUUCUAUGCUAGCAUGGUACGGCAGGAACAAACGAGAUCUUCCCUGGCGGCGAAAACCCAAUGAUGCAUAUUUAUGAGAACAAGGUCUGUUGAUAAACUUUUUCUAUGUUGUGUUAGUUACUAGAUGUAGUUUUCUAUGAAUGUUGUGUUAGGUAGAUGUUACAUGAUGUUGCUGAAGAUUUCAUCUCCCGGUUUGUUUCACCUGGGUGAGAUCGGGUUACUGCAGCUUAAUUAUACCAUUAGAGAUAUUAUUGUUCAUGUGUUGAUGCUAUUUGCAAGAGCCUUUCCAGUUGUAGAUUUGAACAUCUUCUAAUGACGGCGAUUUUGAUUUCUGAGGUGAUGCUGCAACAGACCCGUGUGGCUGCAGUGAUUCCGUAUUGGCAGCGCUGGCUCUCAACCUGGCCAACAGCCUUGGCGCUUGCACGAGAGCCCAGUUUAGACCGCGUCCUUGAGCAUUGGGCAGGCCUUGGCUACUACAACCGCGCUCGCAAUCUGAAGCGUGUGGCGGAGACCGUCUGUUUUGGCAGCGUGAUAUCACCGGACCUUGUGCCAGCUCCUAAGAACGGGUGUACAGAAGUUUCAUCUAAGAACGGAGGAGCGACAGCUUCAACAUCUAAGAACGGAGACACAGCAGGGACCUCCACAGGGAAAGUCUGUAAAGGCCACCUCGACGUAGAUACCAUCCAAAAUGAACAUGCCACGACACCGAUCAUUUCCACAGAACUACCGCGGACGCGAGAAUUUCUACAGAAACUGCCAGGCAUCGGACCCUACACCGCUUCCGCGAUCGCGUCGAUUGCAUAUUUAGGAACUCAAUCUAUUUUUGGCAUCUGAAAUUAGGGAGACAGCUUAACUACAUCAAGGCUACUCUUCAUUCUCAUAUUAAGUAUUUCGCUUAUUCUCGUCUGUUGCUCGCUUAUUUUAUAGUACAAAAAAAGACCAUUUCAAUUUAUUCUGAUGAGAAGAAAAAGACUAUAUGAUUCAUUGUCAACUACUGCAAAUAGAAAUGGGAGAUUGCAACUUCUUGUACUAGGUAGGUUUUGCACCUCCUCCAUAACUACAUCAUCUAAACUUUGGCGAAGCUGUCGGCGUCGUAGAUGGAAACGUGGCUCGUGUGCUACAUCGCGUUUUUGCGGUCCCAGGUGAUAUUCAGCUUGCGCCUUGGUUGUGGAGCGUGAUGGACAAGUUAGUUGGAGCAUAUGAGCUGUGCGCGGGCUCCUCCGCCGUGAAUAUUAAGGACGCAAGUAUGUGUAAGUACUUGAUGAAGGAGGGCGGAACGAGUUUCGUUUCAUUCAUCAGGGCUAUUGUUUAGUCUCCGGAAUAGUACAUGUUGUAAGACUAUGUGAGACUCGUGCCAUGCCAUAGACGAGCUUCAUUUUGUUCAGGAUUAGACAGAUAGCUAGGGUGACUCAGGAAAUGAGAAUAUCAUUCGGCUAGAAGCAAAGUGGAGAUGGAGGUCGUUUUCUAAAAACCAUGAUCAUCUGAUGGACAUCGAGGACGUUGGCACGGAGGUGAAGAAAAGAAAGACGGGUCCCUCAGCGCAAAAGAAGAAGAAGAACUUAGUUCCAGGCCUCUUGAAUCAAGGGGUGAUGGAGAUUGGAGCCCUAGUUUGUACGCCUGAUAACCCAGAUUGUGCUGCCUGCCCUUGGAGUACGUUCUGUUUAUGGAUUACUUAAUCGAAACCUUAUAGCUACCUGAAAUUAUGAUAGAGUCGCUAAAUUGUUCCUCUUUCAGUAUCUCGGUUACCCAAAGUAGUAACCUGCUUAUUUUUUUCGGUUUGCCUGCCCUUGGAGUACGUUCUGUUUAAAUUGGUAGCGGUGUAGCCCACUUAGAUCUACUAGACUUAGGGUCACUUGCACUUUGUAGAAGCACCACCAGUCCUCGUUGGUUCCAAGUUUGUCAUCACCACGUCAAUAUCAUGAUCAUAUGUAAUAAGUACGUAAAAAAAUAACAUGUCAUCAUCAAAAAAUAUGCACAUAUAAUUUUGCCUAUUGGAGGCAAUAGUUUCCUUCCAGUAAAAAUUACUCACACGACAAUGAGUCCCCGAUCAUGUCUCCUCUUGUUUUUGGUGCAUCACUUUUUCUAAUCUGUCGAGGUAAAAAUGAGGCGGCAACGCUGGGACGAAAAGCGAAGAAAAAGGCAGUGCCAAGUUUGGAGUUCGAUGUUGCUCUGGUGGCGCGAAAUGCCGGCACUGAGAUCUUAAGGUCAACAAUCACCAGAAAUUAGAUGACUUUGAGUUUGACGAGGGCAACAUAACCUAAAAAAUGGAUGUACGUCUAAUAACUGCGCUACACUUCUAGCUACUAGUAGAUAUAACGCAUUCUGAUCGUAGUCGUCAAGAAUCACGAAAUGGUAAAACAGCCUUUUAUUGACGUUGUUCUAAUUGUAGAACUAGCAGUGGUCCGCGAAACGGAAGGCACGUUGUUGCGUGGACAGUAUCGCUUUCCGUACCUGAAGGAGGUGGAGGCGGCAGCGCGAAACCCUGGUAGCGCAGCAAGACCCCUCACAAGGCUCGUCAAAGCCACCGCUGAUGGAAAAAAGAAAACGCAGAAGAAGUCCGUUAAGGCAAGGCCAGUGAAUAUCAUGAUAUUACUAUCAUAGUCACGAUGGGAUUAUUAGCAGAUGGGAGGAUACUUGAUGAUAGUUGUUUGUGAACACUAGGACAGCGCAUUUACAUCCUUAAGGUGAUGCGUUUACUUGUAUAAUUUCCGGCCUGGUUCAGUUGUGCGAAUCGUGAAGGUUUUGCAUGUUUCUCAUGCGGUUGCAAAGUUGUCAAAUGUGUGGGCCUUCUUGCUCAUAUAUAACAGCAUAAGGAUCCACAUCGUAGGCGUGGCAUUCCAGUGCUGUGAUCAUUGUCGCCAUAGGUCCUGGUCUUCUUAUUUCCACAAUUAUAGCCACGAACACUGCCUUACUGGAGUUAGUACUGCGUAUGUUGUUAGUAACAUAGUUUUUGCCUAUCAUGUAUUACUGAUUGACUUUACAAUAGAUAAGUACAAGUAGCUGUCUUAAUCUUAGCUUACUCUUAGUCAGCUAAUAUGACUUAUCUUAAUCCUAGUCAGCUACCUAUCUAUUGUUAUAAUUGACUGUCAUAUAUUACUUGCAAAGUCUAUUAACGCAAAGUUAGUGAAUGUCAUCAUCAUGAUUACUGAGUAAUAGUACGCUGGCUCAGCUAUGAUAGUCACUAACAUUGCCUUAUAACGGACUUACUUACGCUCAUCGGCAAUAGAUAUCAUACUUACAACGAGAUAGGUACAGAGAGCUCUGCUGACGAGAUGAUAUACUCAUCACUUGCUUACGCUCAUAAGCUACUCACGCUCAUCAUAUUAUGCUAAGUCUAUUAAGGCAAUGUUAGUGAAUAUCAUGAUAUUACUAACUUACUUACGCUCAGCUAUGAUAGUCACUAACAUUGCUUUAAUGUUCCAGAAAACAAGAUACCUCGAGCUGUUUUUGCGAGUGUGAAGCAUACGUUUUCCAGCCAAGUGCACACGUAUCACGUUUCCGCUUACACGUCUUCUUCGUCUUAUGCAUUUGGAUUGAUUGUUCAUUUGUAUCUCGCUGAGAGAUGAAAGUAAGGCCUAAAAAAGUGAGUAACAAACAUCUUAACAAGUAUUGGCAAAAAAGCGCUACAAGGACAAGAUAAAUAUUUGGAAUUCUCAUUCUUAAGCUGAUUCAAUUGAUUGUACCUACGACCUCGGGUGGCAUGAAUUAUAUACGUAAGAAUAGCUAGUAGUUAGAGUUCCCAAAAUCUACUUCCUCAUCCUCUAAGUUUCCAGUAGUACGUACCUUGCUACGUCUCCGCUCGAGUGGAAAUCGGUGGGUGUCGACUUAUCAAAAGCUCUAGUCUCCACGGGUCAGAAUAAGAUCUGGGCGCAGGCUAUUGCUUCUGGUUUCCUUGAUUGUUUGUGAUGGGGAUGAAGCGCGUUCUCGCUCUGCUUUGCUUUGUGUGUGUGACAUCCCACGCUUUUGUGGUCGCGAGCAAACCCAGUAUAUUUGCAGCAUUUUAUUUUCGCCGUAUUGGCAACGAAGAUGUGGGAGACUUGCUG